GGUCUUUUGUUUCAUAGCGCAAUAUUAUGAAGUGUCUCGGAGUUUUUCACUAACUACAUAUUAUCCGAGUACCUUUUACUAAUUACAUAUGCCUAUACAACUCGACAACAAAUCUACUUUCAACCUCGAGCGGUUGGAUAGAUCCACUAUAAGGAACGGUGUUUAUCCUACUGGUGAACAUCCUGAAGGGAUUUCUCCUCUAGAAGCUGUAAAUUUGUAUCGUGAUAACCUAUCGUUGCAUGAAAGGAAAGAAAUUUUACGCUACGAGAAAAUUUUUUAUGUAGGUUGUACAGCUGAUAAACAUUCAAUAUCAAAUUGCCCACAAUUUUCUAUACAAAAAUUUAAUAAUCAAAUAUUACAAUAUUCAAAUGAUAAAGUAAAUCCAUAUCAUAAUAAUAACAAUAAUAAUAAUAAUAAUCCAGACAAUCAAUCAAUGUUCAAUGAUUCUGAUAAUUUCUACCGAAUUAUACAACAUGAUCACAUUGCCUAUCGUUAUGAAAUCUUAUCACUCCUCGGUAAAGGUAGCUUUGGACAAGUUGUCUCAGCUUAUGAUCAUAUGAAAGGAUGUAAAGUUGCUUUGAAGAUCAUCCGAACGGAACCACGUUUUACACGUCAGGCACGUGAAGAGAUACGUAUAUUGGAAACAUUAAGAAAUAUGCGUGAAUCUUCUGGUGGUGAAUUAAAUCGUUGUGAUUUUCCAAUUAUUAAUUUAUAUGAACAUUUUACAUUUCGUAAACAUAUUUGUAUGACAUUUGAAUUAUUAAAUAUUAAUUUAUAUGAUUUAUUAAAAUUAAAUAAAUUUACUGGUUUACCAAGAGAUCGUGUAAGACGAAUAUCUUUUCAAGUAUUAAAAGCUUUACAAUUUAUACAAAAAGCUGGAAUUAUACAUUGUGAUUUAAAACCAGAAAAUAUUCUACUUGUUUGGCCACAAUUGCCAGAAAAUGAUAAUAACAGUAAUAAUAUUAAUCAACAGAAUUCACAUAAUCAAUAUGGUGAUAAUUAUUUUAAAAAAUGUCAACAACAUCAAAAUCAUUAUAAUGGUAAUAAUAAUAAUAAUAGUAAUAAUGGAUAUGAUUCACUGAAUAAUUUACGUUCAAUGUAUCAACGUGUAACAGAACAAAAGGAUUAUGUUAAAUUAAUUGAUUUUGGAUCAAGUUGUUUUCAAAAUGGUCAACCAUAUCCCUAUAUUCAGUCGAGAUUUUAUAGAGCACCAGAAAUUCUACUUCGUUUAGGUUAUAAUGAAGCAAUUGAUACAUGGAGUUUUGGAUGUUUAGUGGCUGAACUAAUAAAUGGUUUACCAUUAUUUCCUGGAGAGGAUGAAACUGACCAAAUGGCUUGUAUUAUGGAAGUAUUAGGUCUACCACAUCCAAAUCUUUUACGUCAUUCAUCAGAACUAGAUCGUUACUUCAUUGAAUUCAAAUGUGAUAAAUUGAAACCAUCUACAUUGGAGUUUAUGGACAAAAAAGGUGUACGAUUAAGUAGAGAUCUUGUGUAUCUACCACGUUAUUGUUCAGUACGUUAUCCAGAUGGUGAUAAUCCUCCACAAUUGUUACCAGGUAUUUCAAAACGAGGUGGACAUGUUCGUGGUAUACCAAGUAGUUUACCAUUACUUCAAGCUAUUACUCAAUCAAGACUACGUCGUUAUAAACGUAAAGAUACACGUAGCGUAUCCAAUUUAUCAACAGCAAUAAAUCCAACCAAAAUGUCAGAGGAAGAAGAAAUUUACUUAGAUAAAGAUAAUGAAUUAAUUGUAAAUUUACUAUCAUCCUGUUUAACUUGGUUACCUGACGAACGAAUUCAAUCAAACAAAGCGAUUAUGCAUCCAUGGUUUAAUCAUUUCUAUAAUAAUAAAUCCACUAUUGGGUUUCGUUCACAAGUACGUGUUAGGAGUAUGGAAGUAUCAAAAUUUGCACCAAAUAAUAGUAAAUUAGCUAAUGAAAUUAACGAACGUCAUUUACUUCAUGAUCAUCGUAAUGGUCAUGAAUCACUGAAUAAAGACUCAUUGCAUAAAAUCAAUGGGUUAUAUAAUAGUGGAAGACAAAAAACAUCACGAAUAAAUUUAAUUAGUAGUCAUUUAGUUAAUUUUGAUAUUACACAUAAUAAUUCCAUUGCAAAUGAUUCAGUGAGAAAUAAUCAUGAAACUGAUGUAGUGCCACGCAUGGUUGAUGCACAGAGUAGUCCGAUUCAAGAGGAAGAAUUGAAAAAAACUCGUCGUAACUCUCAAAUUACCAUAGUACAACAACAGCCAUCAUACUUGGUUACUGUUUCUAAUUCACCAAAUACAUGUUCGAAAAAUUUGUCACAUUCAACUCAGCAUACUGAUAAACUGUCUUCUUCUUUUACUGGAAAUCGGCAUGUUACAUUCAUUUAUUCAAACAAUGAUAGUAGAACAAUAACAACGGCCACUCCGAUGACAACGACGAUGGUUGCUACUACUGCUAAUAGCAGUAAUCAAUGUGCUGACAACAAGUUAACCGUAUCAGAUGACAAUCAGGAAGGUCGAUUACUGUCUGUGAACUUAUCAUGUAAUCACCUAAACAGUGAUAAUAACAUUACUAAAAUCAAUAAUAGUAAUAUUGAUGGUACAUGUGAUGAUGUUACUAUUAACAAUACAACUAGCAGUAAUAUAAUUCAUAUGAAUAAAAAUAUUUUGAACGAUAGCACUAUCAACAACAGUAGUAGUAGUAGUAGUAGCAAUAGCAGUAGUAACAGCAAUCCCAACACUAGUGCUCUUGACGUAAUGCUUCAACAUUCAGAUUUAAUUACAUCAGUUCGUCGGUCGUCACUUAUUGAGUCGUUGACGGAAAUCAAUAGUUUAAGUGGAACUCAAUCCGAAGUUAUUGUAGAAAAACCACGUCCUCUAAUUCAUACCAAACCUGAUGCAAUAUAUCAAAGUAAAAAGCUAUUAGAUCGUAAUUCAACUAGUAAUAAUGAUCGACCAUUAUCAGAAUUCACUCACCAUCAUCAUCACCAAAAUAACCAACAUCUGUUUACGGAUUACGGUAAGACCAAAAUUAUCACAGAAAAUGGAAGUGAUAGCCCAACUUUUCUGAUCACUGGCCAUUGCUCUGACUCAACUCCUCAUCUACCUAACCUUAUGUCAUUUAAUAUCAAUCACACUAAUAAUAAUGCAAAUAGCACGAAUGCAACAGUGUGUAAAAUCACAAAUUCACCAAAUCGAUAUUCGUAUUCCAAUUUGCAUCAAACAGUACCAUUUGUAUCUUCAUUGACUAUUGACAAACCAUUAAACAAUAGUAUGAAUAAUAUUGUAAGUAUACAGAAAAUGAAGCCUGCCACUGAUGUGACCAUGAUAAAUGCCUCAGACAAACGAUAUUCUGUCCCAACACGUUCAAAGUUGAUUGAUAUACCACAAGCAGAAUAUGAAAUACCGAUUAUUGAUCAUAAUAAUAGUAGUAUUAAUUACAAUCAUAUCAAUGACUACGCUAAGCAGGAUAUUCAUUUUAUUCCAGUUACAUCAUCACAUGUGAUAAUUUCAACGGAUCCAGGUGUUUUCCACAAAUUAAAUACAACGUGUAAUAAUAGCACUAGUAAUAUAACAAGUAGUGGUCUGUAUAGAUAUCCAUCUAGCCAUUACAGUCAACAACAAUGUGAUGUAUAUCACAAUCAUAAAAAUAACUAUCAAUAUCGUCAGCAACAACCGCCAUCAUCGCAGUCGGUUCAAUUACAACAUCAAGAACAGUUCAAUCGCCAAACUUCCUGUUGGUUGGCUAACAACAAUAACAACUUUUACAGUAAUAACAAUCGUAAAAUUUUGAACCUUACAAGAAGCCAUACAGAUCCAAAAGAACAUUCUCUCAACAGUCAUCCGAAUGGGAUCAAUUCAGCUAUUACAGGAAUGAAUAGUUGUAGCAUUAUAAAUUCCACCAUUACACUCCCAGAAAUUGCCCCGAAACCACCAGCUCGUACAAAAUUAAUUAUUUCGAACAGUGGUAUUAAUGAUACUUCUAAUAAUACUGAUUACAAAAAUACAAUAAGAUGGCGUUCAGUUAAAUCACUAUCAUCAGAAGACUAUGGCUCUGCAAAUCUAUACGGCCCACAGCCUUACAGUCAACCAACUAUUGAAUCACACAAAAUUAUUGUACAACGAUUACCUCAGUUCAAUUUGAAUAAUAAUAAUAAUGGUCAUGGUGGUUAUACAGAUCAAAUUUCAUCUCAUUAUACUCAAUAUGAAACUUGAAACAAGUAGUCCUAAUACUUCGCCCUAUAGUUUUAUGAAUUAAAAGCAUUCUCAUAUAUAUUUGCUGUUAUUUAUCAGAGUUGUAUAAACGUGUUUUCUUAAAGAAAAUGAAUGUAUGUAUGAGUGAUUGUAUAACUACUUACUACUUUGUCAAUUAUACACAUAAAUAGAUUGACCAAACGAUGAUUUUAUACUUAUUUCAGAGUAUACACUAGUUCCUCAAUGUUCAUAUGUUUGUACAUGUGUGUAUCCAUCACUAUCACACACAUGCACGUAUACAAACUUUGAUUUUUACUUAGAUUUCAUUUGUAAUACCUUUUUUAUGCAACACAACUAGUUGACAAUAGAAAUGGGUUGCGUUUUUUAAGUUAACAAGUAGUAAUGACCCAAUCCGGUUUUCUUCUCGCUCUCUCUGUAUACAUACACACACUAUAGGCUUAGUCAUGUAUAUGUACUUGUGCAGUGCGUAUGUGUGCAUGCAUAAAGUGUAUUUCAAUAGUAUACUCAUAAAUACUUUUUCCCACCAGUUAUGUGCCAGAAAUAUAUAUAUAUAUAUAUAUAAUCCACCUUCACGAAAUGCUUUAGUUGUCUACUACCUUUUCGUUAUGUACACCUACCGACAUUUUAUGCAUCAGAAUUAAUUAAGAAACAUUACAUGUAUACUCAUUAAUUGAGAUUAAUAUAAGAGACCAAAGUAAAGAAAAUCAAAAAAGGAGAGAAACGGACAAUAAUGUCUUUCAAUAAUCUUUGUUUUUAUAUUUUAAAUAAAUUAUUAUUAUUAUUACUGUUAUCUGGUAUGUAAUCUUAACUUUGUCUUUGUUUUGCACCUCCCUUGACAACUUAAUCUUCUAAUUCAUCAGGUUUCCUAACUCAUACAUAAUCUUUAUUAUCUGCUUAUUUUUUUUUAACGAACUUAACUAUACGCAAAACAGUGUCACUAAUCAAUAACCAACAGUGAAAUGAUCAAUAAUUUUAACGAACCAAUUAAUUUCACUUACAAUCAGACAAUGUUCGUGUUAUUUUUGUGAUGUUUACUGAUUAUUAUUAUUAUUAUUAUUAUUAUUAUGUUUCAUUUAUUUUUACAUUUCCAAAAUAUUUAUGUCCCUAUUUAUCUAUUCACUUACUGUUCGAAUUCAUGUUAUUCUCUUUUCUAUUAAGGUCAGCUGAUGUUUAUUUUAUCUGUGUGAAUUAAUGUCGCUCAUCAACUUUUCUUUUUGUUGUUUUCUUAUUAUUCAAUUUUAUCAAAAUAAUAAUUGAUAAUUGAUUUGUUGUUUUUUUUUUACAUUUUUUUCUCUUAUCAUUAUUCUUUUUUCUAAAAAUAAACAAACUUAUUUAUUAGAAAGAUUUUCUUUUUGUCUUUAUUUACAGAUAAUGAAAUGAAAUAACGAUAAUAAUGAUGAUAAUAAUAAAGAAUUAUGUAAUUAAUCUCUUUUUUUAAAAAAUAUUUUUGUCUGUGUGAAAUAUCACUUUAGUUAUUUAUUGAAAUAAAUACUCAUUCAGUUGAUAUAUAAUUGAAAAAUAAUCUUGUUUUGUUUUGUUUUUCUAAAGAUUAAUGUGAAAAUAGAUAUAAUCUAUUGAUUGAACUUUUAAUUGUUAAGUAGUAGAUUAAGAAUUUAUUUACAUUUUCAUUUACAAUUGUUUAAUUAGUUAACUAAUAUUAAUCAUUUGGAUAUAUAAAAUUUUUAACAUAAAAAUUAAUUAGAUCAACACUUAAGCUUAUGACCCCUAAUGGAGCAUAGGAUAAUUGCUAUCCUUUAAAAUAUUAGUUAUUUCUAUGAAUUCAUAAUGAUGAAUAGAGAUUAUACACUUUUAUACUCAUAACUGUUCUAUUCUUCUAGGAUGGUGAUUUUUGUUUUAAUUUUUUUUUAAAUAUUACCUAACUAUUUUUUGAUUAUUUGAUUCAUUUAAUUGAAUCAAUUGACAUAUUUUACACUUUUCAUAGGGUAUUUUUGUUGAAUAGAUUCAUUUUGAAGUUACCAACAAAUAUUAAAAUGUUUAUUUUCCUAAGAGUAAUUGAUUUUGAAGUUCCUAAGAAUGAAUUUCAAUGUAGUAUUGCAUCGUUCUGUAUUUCAUCACUUAUUGAUACUUUAAAAGAUAUUUUUUCCCUGAAGGUCAAAAUUCGAAAUUUAGAACUCACUGGGUUUUUUUUUCAUUAUCAUAUCGCCUAAAUAUUUGUCCUUUAAAUCAUUCACUUUUCAUAUCUUGUAAGUGACUUCUUAAAGACACUCAGUCAAGUCAUAUAAUAUAUAAUGGAUGGUUCUAUACGAUAACUGUUUGAUAUUAGUAAAUUUGUUUUACGAUUAGAUAACCAGAAUGUAUUACAUCAAUAUCCAUACUUUGUUUCUUCACUAAACAAAACAGCUUAUGUAUAACUAUAAGCGAAAAUAAGAUUUUAUAUAUAGUAAUGAUUUAUUUAUCUAAUUUACAAGGAUUACAUUAAAUAUUCAAUAUUUGUUUAGAAAUUAUGUUUACAUAUGAAUAAGUAUAAUAUUAGUUAAUCAUGUUUUUACUGAAUAAUUGGGUUAACUAAUUAAUUAAUCAACUAUAUGAUUAAUAAGCGAUAAUUAUGAAAAUAAUGCAACAAUUCAGUGUCAUAUACAUAUAUCAUUUAUGAAAUAAUCUUGAAUGAUGAUAUCAUUCAAUUGUAUAUACUAAUAAUAUUACUUAUUAUAUUCAUACUGAUUGAUUAUAACUAACUAAUCCAAAUAGUAACUAAAUAAUAAUAUCAAUAUUAUUCUUUCAAUUAUUUUCAUAUCAAUUUGGAGAAUUAAAAUAAUGCAAAAUUAGUUGAUAAGUAUCAAAUAAAUCAAAUUGAAUUAUUACUUAUACAUUGUAAGCUUAAAAAAGAAACCAGUGUAUGUUGUCUCAAUACAUUCACUUCAUUGUUAUUUCAAAUUACCGCUGAUUUUGUGAUGAUAGAUAACAGUUUGUUUGUUUUUAAAAAAGGAAUAUUUCUUUUUAUUUUGUCAAUAAAUUUG